CACAAACAUCAUUUCCAUUGAGAAACCAAUGCUUAUCUUUGAAGCCAGAAAGGGGAACACCUAAAUAUUUUGAGUAUAUGUUUCGAAAACCACCACGUUCUCCAUCUUAUUGGACGAAAUACACAGAUUUUUUUUACCUUAAGGAUUGGACAAAGACAAAAUGUUACGAAAUAGAUGUAGAUAAAACGACCUUCGAUUGCAUUAAAAUGCGUUCUUGAAAACAAUGGGUGGAACGAAUUGUAAGAUAGAGAAGAUUUGUAGAUUGGAGAACGCCAAUUUAUUUUUUCAAUACGCAAAUGAACGUGUUCGUCAGUUUCGUAAAAUACACAGCGAAGGAAUAUUUACACCUUUGGAACAAUUGUUAGGCUCAAAUCUUGUCUUAAUGCAAGCGUUGGAUUUUUUGAAGAAGGAUCUACAUUCAGAAGUAAACGAAUACUAUUUCUUUCACGGUACAGCAAAAGACCGUUUGGCAAAUAUAAAGGUUCAAGGACUUGACCCAAGGCUUCCGAGAGCACACGGUGGUCUCCUGGGUAAUGGAAUCUAUGGUGCUGAAAAGGCUUCAAAAUCUGAUGGCUAUACAGCAAAAAAUGAUAAAAUCCGAGCCAUGCUGCAGAUGAGAAUGUGUUUAGGGGACGUAUUCAUUACAAGAUCACAGGGCAAAUUCACCAGACCUCCAUGCAGAAUAUGUCACAAUCUGGUCUGUGCGGAACACCAGGAACUCUACGAUAGUGUUGUAGCCGAUACAGGCGGAUACUUCAAAGACAGGGAGUUUGUCGUUUAUGACAAAAAUCAAACCUAUCCAGAGUAUGUUAUCUUUUACAGCUAAACAGUCAUUAUUUUGUAUGUAUCUGGUAUAAUUCCAAUUUCC